AUGUGUUUUGUCAAAGCUGCGGAGGAGGGGCUCCUGGCAGAUCUGUAUGGAUGUGCUCUCAAGCAGCAUGUCUCGAUCUAUGCUGACGACGUGGCUUUGUUCAUCAGGCUAGAGGUGCAAGAUAUUGUUACCACGAGGGAGAUUCUGCGCUAUUUUGAGGAAGCAUCGGGGCUUAGUGUGAACUACAGGAAAUCUUAUGCUGUCGUCAUAAGAGGGGAAGUGCUGGACAAGAUGAUGGUCAAGCAUCUGCUGCGGUGCAAAAUCGGGGAGUUUCCAUGCAUGUACCUAGGGUUGCAGUUGUCCACGGGGGCUUUGAGCCGUGCACACUGGCAACCUGUGCUCGACAAGGUCAUCGCGUCCCUCCCAGCGUGGCAAUGGGGGCUCCUAACAAGGUCAGGCAGGUUGAUUCUCAUCAAGUCAGCGGUCACGGCUCGGCCAAUCCAUCAGUUGUUGAUCAUGGAGGCGCCGGUUUGGCUCAUGGAGGAGAUUGACAAGUGGACGAGGGCGUUCUUUUGGGCAGGUAAGGGGGUAGUCAAUGGAGGGCAAUGUUUGGUGUCCUGGCAGCAGAUCUACAAGCCGGUGUGCUAUGGUGGCCUAGGCGUGCACAAUCUCAGGUUACAGGGGUUAGCGUUGAGGAUCUGA